AUGGGUUGGAGAGGUCUGUUGACAGCGAAGUGGGCAGAGCCCGGGACAGUAGUAGAACCGGCAGUGCCGGCCCAGGCCCAAGCAGAAACACUCCAUCGUGGGUUCCCAGAUAGAGCCAGGGGCGCAGGCGCGGUCCCUGGCGCAGGCGCAAACACAGCUGCCGAUCUGGACCCACCUUCGCAGGCCCUGGACUAGCGUCUGACCGGGAUCCCGACUGAAGGAGGGAAGGUCCUGGGGCUGGAGGACCCGAGGCCGAUCCGGGCCCCCGGUCAAGGAACUGAGGGAGGGAGCCGGGCUCUAGGCCGGCGGGUCUGACACGCCUCUCUUUUCGAGGCCGGGCGGGGCCGAUGUGAAACCGGAUGGAGCAGCCCUGGGGGAGGCUGAUCCGCCUGGGCGCGGCGGAGGGCGAGCCCCCAGUGCUGCUGCGAAAGAAGGAGUGCACCGUCGGGCGCAGGAAAGGUUGUGACCUUUCAUUUCCUGGAAACAAAUUGGUGUCUGGAGAUCACUGUAAAAUAGUGGUGGAUGAAGAAUCUGGUCAAGUUUUUCUAGAGGAUACCAGCACUAAUGGAACAGUAAUUAAUAAACUGAGGGUUGUGAAGAAGCAGUCUUAUACUUUACAGACUGGGGAUGUCAUCUACGUGGUUUACAGGAAGAACGAGCCAGAGCACAAUGUUGCAUAUCUCUAUGAAUCUUUGAAAGCAAGGCCAGGCAUUUCUCCAGAAUUCAUUGAGACUACUGUUGGAAAUGUGUGCAAAGUGACCAAAGAUACCUCAGGUUCAGAAGGAAGUGAUGAUACCCAGGUCAUGCCAUCCUUGCCCAGUGAUCAGUCUUGCUUUGAGGAACCACAGCCAUCUACAUCUACAUCAGACCUCUUUAAUACGUCCUCUACCUCUCUCCUGAAGUCUGCUACUGCUGAGCGGGAGCAUCCUUCUAAACCUGGUGCCAGGUGUGCAGACAUUUCACCUGAAGAUCCAUAUCAGUUUACCACAAGUGAUGACACCUCCAACUGCAUAUCAACUCCUCUGGACAAAGAGGGAACCUCAGCUUUUCUGACCAAACCUCAGGAUUGGGAGGACAUGGGACCUGCUCAAAAGAAAAGGAAAGGAGAUGGGGACACUAAUCUGAGUCUUCAGUUGUUUGUCGCAGACCAGUGUAAAAACAGCAGAGCCAUUCCUGAGGAAGUGAAAGCAGCAAAUAUGAAACCAGACAAAAUGGAAGAAACACUCACUUGUAUUAUUUGUCAGGAAUUAUUGCAUGACUGUGUGAGUCUGCAGCCCUGCAUGCACACCUUCUGUGCCGCUUGCUAUUCUGGCUGGAUGGAACGGUCUUCUCUGUGCCCCACGUGCCGGUGUCCAGUUGAACGUAUAUGCAAAAACCACAUCCUGAACAACCUUGUUGAGGCCUACCUUAUCCAGCACCCAGAAAAGUGCCGUAAUGAAGAAGACGUGCGCAGCAUGGAUGCCAGGAAUAAAAUUACCCAGGACAUGCUGCAACCCAAAGUCAGAAGGUCCUUUUCUGAUGAAGAGGGAAGUUCUGAGGACCUGCUGGAGCUGUCUGAUGUGGACAGCGAGUCCUCAGAUAUCAGCCAGCCAUACAUCGUGUGUCGACAGUGCCCUGGAUAUAGGAGGCAGGCCAUGCAGCCUGUCGCCUCUCCACUGCCCUCGAGGGAAGCAGGAACCUUCGAGGUCCCCGGGGAUGCCCCGUCCACAUCUACCAGCUUUCCCAUAGCCGCCCAGGACUACGUGUGCCCCUCCCAAGGAAGUCACGCCAUAUGUACUUGCUGUUUCCAGCCCAUGCCGGACCGAAGAGCUGAGCGGGAGCAGAACCCGCACAUUGUCGCCCCACAGCAGUGUGCUGUGUGCUCACAGCCCUUCUGCCACCUCUACUGGGGCUGUACUCGGACAGGCUGCUCAGGCUGCCUGGCACCAUUCUGUGAGAUAAAUCUUGGUGAAAAAUGUUUAGAUGGUGUACUAAACAACAACAACUAUGAAUCGGAUAUCCUAAAGAAUUACUUAGCAUCCAGGAACUUGACAUGGAAGAACGUGUUAAAUGAAAGUCUACUGGCUCUUCAGAGGGGUCUCUUUCUCUUGUCAGAUUACAGAAUUACUGGAAACACUGUGCUGUGUUAUUGUUGUGGCCUACGCAACUUUCGAGAGCUUACAUAUCAGUACAGACAGAAUAUCCCUGCUUCAGAAUUACCAGGGACUGUAACUUCUCGUCCUGAUUGCUAUUGGGGGCGCAACUGCCGGACUCAGGUUAAAGCACACCAUGCAAUGAAAUUCAAUCAUAUUUGUGAACAAACACGCUUCAAGAACUAAGCCUUCAAGUACUGAACGUCUUGGAUAUUUUGUAUGUCAAAACAAAAAAAAAAUUUAAGACCUCAAAUACUGAACAUUAAUGUUUUCAGGGCAUUUUUUAAGUUCCCUCUUGGAGGGGAGUUGGCUAUUUCUGCAUCAGGUACUGGUAUGAUUUUUUAAUUUGUAGAGCUUUACACUUGAGUAAGAUCUUUUUAAAAUAACCUGACAAGUGAGCAUUGCAUGGUUGUGUCUGGGAGGCAUGCCAUUCCUGUAGCAGUGGUGGUGGCAGCAGCAGACUGGAAGAUGCACUCAGGACGGGCAGGAAUGACCCAAAAGACAUGAGACAUUCUGAGGCCAAGUAUUUGUCGUGCAUCAGAGUUAAAACCAUUAUUGUCAAAGGAUACAAUUCACCACCACCACCACCCCAAUCUGUCAAGAUGAGAGCCUCAUUUUAUUGUUUCUACCUUCACCAGAACAGUUGUUAAAUCAGGAAUCCCUUUUUAUUGAGAAUUUCAUAUGGCAAAAAAAGUCAAAAUUAUCAAAAUACACUGUUUCCUUGUUGCUUAAGAAAAAGAAGCAAAUGUUUACAGCCCGUAGGGCAUGCCUAGUUCUUUGCUGUAGGAAAAACAGUUUGAUUUAUAUACAUGUGUGCGUGUGCAUUCAUGGUUUAGAUUAGUCAGUCUGGUGCUUUUUGUUUCUUAUUAGAAUUAAAUCUCACAAGCAGCACAAAUAAUAUAAUGUAUCAUUUAUAAACCAGUUAGAAGUUGGGAUACUGUCCUUUGUAUAGGAAAUGCUCUCUGUAUGUGUAUACGUGUGUGCGUAUGUGUGUGUAUGUGUGUUUCUAGACUUUCAAAAUCACAUGAAAGACCAAACAGUGUCACUGGCACAGAUGGGUGCCAUUGUUUCUGAACACGUGGCUGUCUCAUUCCAUCUUUAGUAUACUGUGACUCUGGCAUAUGCCCCUUACCAUUGCCACAGGGAGGGUGCAACACAUGGCUUCUUCUUAUAAGAAACAAAUGUUUGUCCCAAGAGAGAAGGCCUUCCACAUGCUUUAAGUUUGACGGCCAAAAACAAGAACCCUACUAUUUUCAGAAAAUAUUUUUUUCACUGAGCAUUAGAGAUGGGUGUUUCCUCAGCUGCAUUAUUCUCUCUGGAGUCAACUUCAACAAAUUGUUAUUGAGUGCCUACUAUUAUGGCAAGGCACAGGGUCCCAUUGUGGAGACAGAAUCAAAAGUAGGAAACACUCCUGCUGUUUAGGGGCUUACAGUUGGCACCUCAUCUUGGCUCUCAGGAGAGAAAGCGAGGUGAGAAGGUGAGCUAUUCCAGGCACCCCCCAAUGAGGCACUGUCUAGAGGGCCUAGGAUUUAGCUCAACCCACUGCAUAGUCUGAAUCUGUUUGGGCCAAACUACAUUACCACCAUAGUUCUUGCAUUUAAAUUAUGCUUCCUGUUUAGCCAAAUUGAUAGUGGUAGUCUCUCGGUGACCGAGAAUGACAAUUGUCUUUGUGCAUUAUCAUCUAUUGAUGUACCCUCAUGUGGCUUUGAAGUCCAAAAUUGAUACUUUAGUGAAAAAGGACACAGGAUACACUGUUCCAAGUCUUGGAGAUCUUAGAAUAGGGGAGGGAUGAGUUGGGUUCACAUUUUAUUCUGCUUUUUAGAGUCCUCAAAGCAUCCCAAAUUAGGUACUCCAUUAUUCCACUUAAAGCACUGACUGUAGUUUGCAUUCCCAAUGCCAGUGGUCUAGAACUUCAUACUGGACUCUGUCCAACUUGUCUCCCUGUUCAGAAAUCCCAAGCAGUGGCUUGUGUGUGUGCGCACCAAUUUAGAGCUUCCUUCAGACCAGUAGGCAGCAAUUUCAUAGCAGCCAUUGUUUCCUACUUGCCCUGGUAUCUUUUGCAUUAGAAUUAAAUGUUUAUCUGGACUUA